GUACUGUCUCGGCCAUCUGCUUGCUUACUUAAGCCAGUCCCCAAUAUGUCUCCAACUUCUGAUGAUGGAGCCAGUCUUCUUAGUUUCAAGAGAAAAGACCUAAUUUGGGUGUGCCCACAGGCAACAGAUGUGAUUGAGCUUUUUAUCUAUCUUGGGGAGCCUUGCCAUGUCUGUCAACUUCUUCUUACAAUUUCGCAUGGUUCAGAUGAUUCGACUUUUCCGUCAACAGUUGAUGUACGGACAGGACGCAAUUUGGAUGGGCUUAAAAUUGUUGUUGAGGGUGCUUCUAUACCUCAAUGUGCAAAUGGCACGAACAUGCUGAUACCUUUACCAGGACCAAUUAGUGCAGAGGAUAUGGCUGUCACUGGAGCAGGUUCACGCUUCCAUUCUCAGGAUACUUCUAGUCUUGCAUUGUUAUAUGAUUAUGAAGAACUGGAGGGAGAGUUAGACUUUCUUACUCGAGUUGUCGCACUUACCUUUUAUCCUGGCGCGACUGGAACAACCCUGUUAACUCUUGGUGAGGUAGAAGUUCUUGGAGUUUCUCUCCUUGAAAAGUAUCUUUUCGUCUGGUUUGGAUAUGAGUCCAUUUUGUGCUGCUGCUUUAUCCAUUGAAACAGUGUCACCACCUGCGCAACCAAUGCAUCUUCUGACCUAUGGUAGACCAUCUGACAGGAGACAACAUGCCUUCAGAAUCCAUUUCUCACCAGUGAUGGGAAUUCUGUACAUGAGGGAAGUGACUUUCUUGACAUCCCUGAACAAGCUGCACUUGACACCUGACUGGUGAAACUGAUUCUAAAUUGUCUUUGUCACAAGACUAUAGGACUUUCAGACACUGGUGCACAGCAAUACAUAAAUUGUUUCAAGUUCCUUUCAGGCUCCAAUAUGGAAAGGAAACUGGGUUUCAUAGAAGCUAUGAAACUCGAAAUUGAAAGGCUUCACCUAAAUCUUUCAGCCGCUGAAGAGGAUAGAGCUUUAUUGUCAAUUGCAUUGAUCAUGCUACUGUAAAUCCAAAUGUAUUGCUUGAUGAAUUGUACAUAGGAAAGUUAUGCAGGGUUGCGAACACUCUUGCUUUGCUUGGGCAGGCUUCAGUUGAAGACCAAAUUACUUCUGCUAUUGGUCUGGAGACUAUUGAUGAUAGUUCUAUGGAUUUCUGAAAUAUUGCUAAGAUUGGGGAGAGUUGUUCUGGUGGCAUGUGUCAGAUUCAUGCUGAAGCUGGGGCAGAUGGACAUGCAUCCUCUACUUUGUCUGCAUCAGCAGCUUCACACUCUGUCUUUUUUUGUUCUCAAUGUGAGAGAAAGGUUUGCAAAAUUUGUUCUGCUGGAGAGGAGCUCUUCUGCUAGCAAGCUACAACUCAAAGGAGGUGUCAAACUAUAAUGGUGUAUCAAGCCAGGGUGGAUCAAUCCAUAGCAGCCCAGCUGAUGUAUCUUCAAAUCGUUCAAUGGAUCUGAAUGGAGUUGUUUGUAAGCUAUGCUGCAAUGAUAUUGUGCUUGAUGCAUUAAUCUUGGACUAUGUCAGGGUCUUGAUAAGCAUGCGCAGAAGUUCGUGCAAACAGUGCUGCACAGAAAGCUUUGGGCCAUGUCAUUGGAUUUUCUUCAAGGGAUUAUCCUACUAAAAUAAAUAAGUCUUCUGAUAAACAUGAAAAUGCUAAAAUCUUAAGACAAUUACUUAAUGGAGAAGAAUCACUUGCCGAA